GGCCCGCACGGGGCAGAGGCGGCCGCUCCCGCUGCCCAUCCCGCGUCUGCCGGUGGCGGUCCCCGCAGCCAUGGAGCCCUCGCAGGUUGCCGUCAUCGGCAGUGGACUCAUUGGUCGCAGCUGGGCCAUGGUGUUUGCUGCUGGAGGCUUCAAAGUGAAACUUUAUGAUAUUGCACAGCAGCAGCUAACAAGUGCACUGGAAAAUAUUUGCAAACAAAUGAAAGAGAUGGAGAAGUCGGGAGUCCUGAAAGGAGCUUUGAGUGCGGAACAGCAGUUGGCUCUCAUUAGCGUUUGUACAGACCUGAAGGCAGCAGUAGAGGGUGCUACUUUCAUUCAGGAAUGUACUCCAGAGAAUCUGGAACUGAAAAAGAAGAUUUUCAAUCAGUUGGAUCUUAUUGUGGGUGACAAUGUUAUCUUGAGCAGCUCGACCUCUUGUCUCCUACCCAGCAAAUUGUUCACUGGCCUUAAACAUGUUAAGCAGUGCAUCGUGUCACAUCCUGUAAAUCCACCUUACUUUGUGCCAUUGGUUGAAAUUGUCCCUCAUCCAGAAACAGAUCCUUCUACAACAGAGAGAACGUAUGCCCUGAUGAAGAAGAUUGGUCAGUCUCCUGUCAAACUAAACAGAGAAAUCGAGGGCUUUGUUCUGAAUCGACUACAGUAUGCAGUGAUAAGUGAAGCUUGGAGACUUGUGGGUGAAGGAGUAAUAUCUCCUACUGAUCUAGACCUUGUGAUGUCUGAUGGAUUGGGAAUGCGAUACGCAUUUAUUGGACCUCUGGAAACCAUGCAUCUUAAUGCGGAAGGUGUUUCAAGUUAUUGUGAAAGAUAUGCUGAAGGAAUGAGACUUGUUCUGAACACCUUUGGGCCAGUUCCAGAAUUUUCAGGUGAAACUGUGCAGAAAGUCAAUCAGGCACUGUCUGAAAAAAUUCCAGUUGUUCCAAAAGUCCUGGAUGCCAGGAGAAAAUGGAGAGAUGAAUGUCUCACUGGUCUUGCCAAACUGAAAACACAAAUGAAAUCUAACUGAGGUGCUCCUUGUCUAACAGGAGAGACCAAAUGAAGAGCGGAUCUUCAUAAAAAAGCGGAAAUUUUUGGUCAUGCGGAAGAGGAGACUGCAUGGGCAACCAAUGAUAAAUGCACAUGGAGACCAAUGAAACAUUUGGUCCAAAUUUACCAAAUUCAUGAAUUAGUAGAAACAGUUUUUAAAAAGUUCAGUUAAAAUUUAUCAAAUUACUAUACAAAUGCAUUAGAUGUGUAAGCAUUAAGUAGUUUUAGCAACAUUAAUAUUGUGCAAUGUAGGAACACAAUCAUGUUUUAAAGAAUGCAUUUUUCAACUGGCUUAGGAAUUCAGCACUUGAACAAUAUUUGCUAACACAGGGAUCUGAAACAGACAAACAGGGAGGUUCAUUUGUAAAGCAGUGACUGCAGAUAGGAGAAGUUUGUAUUGAGCAAAGCGUGGAUUCACCCCAGGGUGAGCUGAGACCUCAGCAGCAGUUAAGGGUCACUUCAGUUCAUAUCUGUUACUGUUUCACAAUGUAGAGAAAAGAACUGCUCCUCCUUUCCCUCCCCUUGGCACUUCUGUACCUGUAUGGUGAUCUAAAUGUGAGUAAAUAGAGCAGAAUUCCGCCUUCAUCCCCUCCCCCUGGUUCUUUAAGGCUUACCAGAGACCUACUUGGUUUUCAUGACCAUGCACUUGAGAGCCCAUGGCUUUGCUCACUGAUGUUUGAUGCUGGCUGUUGGCAUUGCUGCAUAAGUAUGUGCCCAAUUUUAUGACUUGUCUAUGAGAAAUAGGAGAUCUGGAUUUAGUAGCUGGUUUGGGAGACAGUAUGGUGCAGUGCAUCUGUCCAGACUUUCUCCAUGACCUUCCGAAUGAGCUUGGGAAACCAGGUCACCUCUCUGCAGACACAUCUGUUUUAUACAUUGGUUGAAGCAAGAUCUGCUUCUUUAGGACUCAGCUGUAGUGAAUGCAACAGCUGUAGCUGAAGGAACCCAGAUAUCUGAGUUGGAACUAGAUAAUCUUUAAGGUCCUUUCCAACCCAAGCCGUUUGAUGAUUCUAUGAUCUGCUCGUCUGGUUGCCUACAGACGGAAAGAUGCAGUGGCUUAGAUGUAGCAUUUUUGCUUUACUGCUGCUCUUCCCUCAGCAGAUAAAACAUCUCCACAUAGGAAAGCACCUGGAUGCACCUGGAAUUAGGAUCAACCUCAGGUGCUGCAGUGGCAUGUUUUGGUCCACUGCAAAGUGUUAUUAUGAACAUCUGUACUCUGUAAUGUAGACUUUGAUCUUAGCUGGACCCUUGGGGCAUUACUGUUAAUGCAAAUAGUAGGAAUAACUCAAAGCACUGCAUUGCACCCACCCUCCUUGAGUUAGGCAGUUCAGAAUUGUGCUAACUGUAACUGAAUCUGUAUUGUACAGAUUCAGGAGUUUUAAGCUGUCCUUCUGCUAAUUCUCAUGUGCUUUUUAUAGAGGAUGCAGUACACAAACAAGCUGUUGUUUAGUAAAGCUGUAAACGGUAACUUUACUAGUUACCAUUUGGGCCUAGCAGAAGUGUCUGCAUGAACAUACCAAACCCACUUAUUUGUGCUUAGGUCACAGUAAAAGAGACGUAAGGUAAUCUGUAUUGCUCAAUACAAGUGGUGGGCCAAGAACACAUCUCUGGAUGUAAAACAUAGGAUGGGAGGCAUAGUGCAGAGGUUGUCCUGUGCUUCUUCAUAAUCAGUGGAGUGAACAGGAAAUUUGUAAGAGCAAAUUAUUACUUUAUCCCAAUACAGACUUAAAAUAUUCAUGUUUCUUCUCUUGUUUUUUAUUGCCAAAGUGACUGGCUCAACCUGCAUUUAGGUAUCUGAGAAGUCAGUCCUCACUCCUGAGGCCUUACUAGGCAAUAGUAAAUUAAUUAUGAGGUUGAUUUCCUCUUUUUGUGUAUGGUUUUGCACUUCAGACAAGGCUGAAGAAGGUUCUGAUUACUUUCAAGAUUUGACCUGUUUUUCUUGGGGCAUAUGACAUUGUCAUAACUAAUUAGCUUGCAGUGCUUCUGUUUACUCUGAGAUUUUUUAAAACUUGAUUGUGCCAUGAAAUAUUUGCUGCUUUAUUAUUUGCUUAUUAAUAAAAUAUUUUAAUGAAGAAGGUA